AAUAAUUGGAAUUUAUCUACUGGAAAUACCAGUACUUCUACAAGUGUCCCUUCUAGUUCUCGAAUUAGCCUCAGCUCUGCUAUACGGCCUUUCCCCACUGCGUGGACACCUCAUCGCAACCCCCCAACACAAAAUCAACAAAGAUUAUCCGAAUUUUCUCCUUGGACUUUGUUUCCAUCUGUUGAUUCUGAGUCUGAAGCUCUGAGAGCUCACUUUCCCCCAUCGCGUUCAAGCCCUUCUUCUUCAGAGGAAACAAUAAUGCCAUCUGGAGCUAAUAGCCAAGGCCAUCAUCCACCAUAUCCAAGAUCGGCCUUGUUGGAGCUACCUGGUGAUGAUGUGAAUGGUUGGCGUGCUUUAGCUGAUGAUGUUGAGGGGAGACACAGGCUGGUAUCUGAGAUUUGUCAAGUCUUGAAUGCUAUGCGUAGGGGCGAGAACUUACGAGCUGAGGAUUAUAUGCUCUUCGAUCCAUUUCAUCUCUCUUCUUAA